GGAAAGCUCUGCUGUCUGGUGGCUGCAAAUUCAGCCUUGAUGAUUUGCUAGUUAUCUCACAGCAAGACAGGGCUAAUAAUGGAGCUAAGCACAUAUGGUAGUCCUGAAUUCUGUAAGUUUUGUGAACAAACAAACUGGAACAGUGCAAAUAUGGAAAAUGUUCUUGUUCACAGAUCACACCAUCCAGUCUGUUUUCUGCUGCUGCUGCUGCUGCACAGUGCAAAAAAGAGCAACCAGAACAAAAAUGAACCUGGACCAUGAUACUGGCCUGGUGAACCAGUACUCAGCCUCACAACCAGAUGUUUCCUAUGCAUCUACUUGGAAGUGCAGGAGUGAGAGGCAAUUGCAGUUAAAGGACAAGCCGUUACCUUCUCUACCUGCUGAGGCCUUGGAAGACUACACAGAAAAACCCAGAGUUAUUGCACUCUAUGACUUUUUUGCUAGAGGACCCUUGGAUUUACCACUCAAGAAGUCAGAAGAAUACAUUAUCCUUGAACAGUAUGAUCCCCACUGGUGGAAGGCAAGAGACCAACAUGGGAAUGAAGGUCUAAUUCCCAGCAACUAUGUUACUGAGAACAAGAAAAGUGAUUUAGAAAACUACGAGUGGUACUGCAAAAACGUGAACAGAAGCCAGGCAGAACUUCUCUUGCGCCAGAAGUGCAAAGAAGGUGCAUUUGUUGUCAGAGAUUCCAGCCAACAGGGACUUCUUACACUGUCCAUGUAUUCGCAGGCUAAAGGAAGUCAUAAUGGAGAUAUUCGACAUUAUCACAUUAAGAAAAACCACUUGGGACAAUAUUAUGUAGCAGAAAAAUAUCUCUUUUCAUCUGUUCCUGAACUCAUCGAGUAUCAUCAACACAAUGCUGCAGGUCUUAUCACUCGUCUCCGACAUCCAGUUGGGUCAGCUGGAUGUUCUUCACCAGCAACAGCAGGAUUGAGUUAUGAGGAGUGGGAAUUAAAUCCAUCUGAACUGACGUUCAUGAAGGAACUCGGGCGUGGGCAGUUUGGAGUUGUUCAGCUUGGUAAAUGGAAAGCAACCAUCAAGGUUGCCAUCAAAACAAUCAAUGAAGGUGCAAUGUCUGAAGAUGAUUUCAUCGAGGAGGCCAAAGUGAUGAUGAAACUCUCCCACCCAAAGCUGGUCCAGCUUUAUGGGGUGUGCACACGUCACAGGCCUCUCUACGUUGUUACUGAAUUCAUGGAGAAUGGCUGCCUGCUCAAUUACCUUCGGCAACGGCGAGGGAAACUUGGCAGAGACAUGCUGCUGAGCGUGUGCCAGGAUGUGUGCGAAGGGAUGGAAUACCUGGAAAGAAAUGGCUUUAUUCACCGUGAUUUAGCUGCAAGAAACUGUUUAGUCAAUGCAGAGCACAUCGUUAAAGUAUCCGACUUUGGCAUGGCAAGGUAUGUCAUCGAUGAUGAAUAUAUCAGCUCUUCAGGUGCCAAAUUUCCAGUCAAAUGGUCACCUCCUGAAGUCUUUCAUUUCAAAAAAUAUAGCAGCAAAUCAGAUGUCUGGUCAUUUGGUGUACUGAUGUGGGAAGUUUUCACAGAAGGCAAAAUGCCUUUUGAAAAAACCUGAAGGACGUCCUGCUUUUGCAGAGUUAAUAGAGACUCUCACAGAUAUAACAGAGAUGGGAUAACAAGAGAAUUUACACCAAUAUAUUUACUGAAAGGUUAGCAUUAAGCAUGUCAAUAAUGUAGCUGGUACAGAAAACCUCAGCCUUUUACAGCAGUCUCUAUACUUAACUUGCAGUACCAGCAUCCUCCAUAUAGAAGCAGCUGUUCGGGCUCGGCUAAUUUUUACUCAUUUGAGAAAGACAACUUGGGAUAUUGGUUCAGGACUGUCAAGGCUUUGUUUUCAUGAUUAGAGCAAAAAAUAUCCUGUCUGGAAAGAAGUAACAAAGCUUACUCACCUUAUAGGCCUUUUUAUUUAUUAUUUUGCUCAGAGCUAACACUAAUCCCUGUAACAGUAUUAUUUAUUUGGUACUUAAUAGGACUUAUGCACCGGGGAAUACUGAUUGGCAGCAGAAAACAUGAUGGAAGAACCUCUGAUUAAGAUCUAGCUAGAUCAUGUUUAAAGGCAAGCCCUUUUGCAGUGCAAAGCAUCCGACACUGAAGAAAUGGAGCAGGGUUCCAGAAGGGGCAGCAAGCUAAGUGACCGACUGCUGGAGCAGCGCCCACGUGUGUGCCUGUACCUACUGCUGUGGAUAAAGGCAGGCAAAGGGAGCAAAGGCAGCAGUUAGCAUUCAGCAGCUCCCAGGUCACAUCAGAGCAGCUGGAAAGACUGAGCAUCCCUGAAGCAUUUUAAACCUGCAUCGCAGGUCAAGGCGUCUUCUCUACCAAUUCUGUAUAAACAAAGAGUAAGGAUUAUUUUUUCUAAAUGUCUCCCACGGUUUUCCAGUAUUGUCUCCCAUUUCUCACCUGCUGCUGCCUACUCAAAUGCCCGUGCUUGCCUUAGUCCUCCCUUUGCAAGUUAACGGGCAAGUUAAAGCUGGAACCCGACAGUAAAAUGAAGUGUUUUGCAUUAGUUUAGCUCAGAUUGAUCCUGUGAUACCUGACAUGGACAAUGUCUAUAACCCUACUUCUUACCUUAUUGUUCACUUUAACUUUUAAAUCUUAAUUGUGGUCAAUACAAAUACGUUAUAGAGAAGAAAAGGCGGAUGAAGUUCUUGAUUUUUUAAUAUAAAGUAGUCAUUACAUAUGUGAUUGCAUUGUGAAUUAUAUAUAGGUAAAUACAUCACAAUAUUUAGUUUUAUAGCACUUUGUAGACAAAAUAUGUAAAACACAUUAGCUAAAGAAUCAUUGAGUUACACACAAUUUAAUUUUUUUAUUUCCAAAUAUAAAAAAUUACUGUAGCAAUAAAAUGCAAUAUACCAAACAACCCAAGUUUUGAAUUUCCAGAAUAUGACGGCAUCUCUUGGUCAAAUCCAGUCCUGGCAUUAAUCAUUCAUCUUUACUGCAAUAGUAUUUUGAUAGCUAUCAUCCCUUGGGAAAGGAAGUUGUUAGUCCUAUUUUUUGAACAUUUGGGAAUACCUUCAAACACACUUCUAAGGUAUUUCUGCUUCAAGUGAAGCAGGAUAUCCCUGUUGUUUCAUAUGAUCUGCUAAAAGAAUUGCUAUCAACUGAUGUCACUGUUUACUUCUAUAAUUGACUUAUUUAUGAACAUUCAGUUCCUUAUCAGACCUAUGAUUAAAUACAGAUCUAUAUAACACAAUACACACAUCGAGCUCACCACAAUUUAUGCCCAGCCCACAGAAUUACAAGGCUUUUCAGCAGAUGAUGUGCUACAAAUGUGAAAUUCAAACUGUCUCUGCAAUAUAAAAGUACGUGGGGGCUUUUAAUAACGUAUGAGGCAUCUUUUUUAAAAGCUUUUGUAAAACUGGUUUUGCCACAUUUAUUUCUGCAAGUUAAUAUGUAAUACACGAUGGUACCAUACAGUAAAAGCCAGCUCCAUUAGGUUUAUGUAACCAAAGUAUCCUGCUCACGCCUGUUUCACUGAGUUGUCCCAUGGUGAACACGCAGCCAUCCUUGAAACAUGUUGGUCUAAUACGCAGAGCCAGGAACGCUUGCCUACCAGGCUUCAGCUUCUCAAUAUGGUCUUUCUGUAGGCUGUUUUGGGAAAAUUACAAGUAGGCUGUUACUAACACUCUGACGCAGAUAAAUUUAACAGUUGCUAUCAUCAGGCUGACAGCAAAUAAGUGAAAAAGCGCUACAACAUACUUCAGUCAGUGAAACUAGUGCUUAAUCAGCAAAAAGAAAGGUCUACAGGACAAAGGCCAGGUAUCUACAGUGUGUUUACUUACCUGAGCAGCUACACCCAUACAUGAAAACUAUAGGCCACCUUAGUCCUCGUGGUGCCUCUAAGCUCCAAUCAGACUCUUGACUGUACUGAAACAGGCAAAAAUGGAAGUGUUUGUAUGGGUGAACAGUGCAUGCCACCCACGUCACUGACCAUAACGGAGCACAUGUGGCCAGACAGAUGGCUGUUAGCUGGUUUUUUAAAACUUCUGUGUGAUGAAAGAGAGACCUGGAAGAGCCAUAAAGCUUAGGAAGCGACAUAACACCCACACACAGGGCACGCCUGGUCAAAGGCUCUCUGAGCGCUGAUGUUUCCUGAUGAAAAGCUCAGCUGGUGUUCCCUGAUCAAACAGAAGAAAACUUGUAGCAGGUCAGUACUAUGGAUGGGAGGAAAAAAGGCAGAAUUCCCAGCUUCUGUGCACCAGCUGUGCUGCUUAGGCUGUAUCUAUGUUCUAUAAAAGAGCCACACUGCUGACAAACUGCAAUGUAUCUUCAGAAAGUGAAGUGGCUUCCCUUGUUAAAAGUACUUCUGAUGAGUAAUGCAAUCAGCUACUCAUGUGUGCAGGUGUGGUGACAUGUACCUGCAGUACCAUUUGGUUUUCAGCCCAGCUUCCCCCCUGCCCUGUGAACAGGGUGACCCUGCAGACGCACAAGUGCACAUCACCAGCGCCAUGCACACAGCACGAGCCUGGCUCCCACUCAGCAUGCCCAUCCCAUUGUGAACCACUUUAAAACCUGUCAGAAAGAAGUGAGCUACAGGAAACCCACUCUGCUAAAAGAAUCAAGGGAUCAUUUAGGUUGGAAAAGACCUUUAAGAUCACCAAGUCCAACUGUCAGCUGACAAGUCCACCACUAAACCGUGUCCCUAAGUAUUUUUAAAUACCCCCUGCCCAGGGAUGAUGACUCAGCUGCUUCCCUGGGCAGCCUGCUCCAAUGCUUGACAAUCCUUUUGGUGAAGAAAUUUUUCCUAAUAUCCAGCCUAAACCUCCCUGGCACCACUUGAGGCUGUUUCCUCUCAUCCUAUCGCUUGUCACCUGGGAAAAGACACCGACACCCACCUCGCUACAACCUUCUUUCAGGUAGUAUUUUCUAAUACAGUGCCAAUUCUGUUUUGCUGGAAUUUAAACAGCAAGUGAAUGGCAUUUGCUAGAAGUAUGUAAUUCCCCAUGUAGCUCCAGGACGCCAUCGUGAUGAGUAAAGAGGCUGAAGUUUUGAAUCUGUACUCUGGGAUGGAAAUUCUUUAUAGCGUGGCUGUUCUAGGUGUGGCUGGGAAGGCAGGUAAAGGAAGAUGGUAGAACAGGUUUCUAUAGAGACUAAUACCUGUGUAUUUCCUUCCAGUCUCCUUGCAGAUUAUUUAACCUAUCCAAGCCUUCUUGACCUACCUACAUUUAGUCAGUCAGUGUAGCUAUGUAAUGAAUUUAAUUGCUCAUUAAUUUGUCCUGAGGUAUGGUAGUAAUGACUAGUUGCCAAGAUUUGUUUUGUAUCCGCAUGUAAAAGCCGUAAUUUGGUUAGCAACGUAUUGGCUCUGAGGUUUUCUAUGUUCUAGUUCUUAACCAUGUGCCCUACUUUCCAAAACACUUCAAAUUACUUUAGAUAAUAUUAUUCAUUUUGUUGUCCCCAAAUCAGGGUUCAUCACCUGGUGUGCAAAAGCUGAUGAACCCACAGCUGAGAUGUUUAUUUCAUGUCUGCACAGAUGGGUGCUAGGUGGUAAAUCCAAACUUAACGCUCCUUCUCCUGGUUUUAGGACAUUUAUAUACAGUUGAACAAACAGCAAAUUGCUAUACAACAUGAUUGGCUAUAACUCAUUUAAAAAUAUUAUAUACGGUACGCAUGCUCCAGAGGUUGUGUGUGUGUGUGUGUGUACCUUUUCAAAGUUUCUGCUUCAAGGGGAGUUACUUUUACUAUUAUAAUUACAUUAUAAUGAGAGUAGGUUACUUGUGACUAGUUUGUCUCAGCCAUUAGUGGGUCUGCAAAUGUUUUUCUUACCCUGCUUCCACAACAUUGACUCUACAGGGUCAAUAUGCCCGUGUUGUGCCUGUAUUCCGCCAGCCUCAUCAGUUCCUUGGAUUAUUUCACAUUUCUCCUUUGGUCUUUUGUUAAUUUCACUGCCUGGAAAACCUGACAACUCACUGAAAUACUCUCCAUCAAGACUGGCCAUGAGAAAGAGAUCCCUAACACAUCAGCUUUGGCUUCUCUUCCCUAGUUUAGAUGGAAAGGCAUUUUCACUUACCCCUUAUUUUUGUCCCUCAAAAUCCCUGUCUUUUGACCACUAAGCAUCAGCAUUAAAUUUUCCUUGCCGAUGCUUUGUACAGAACAAAUCUAGAAAAACUGGGUAAUUCUGUAGAAGAAGUUAAAACAUCCAGAUCUACCCAUACUCUUCUCUCCAGUUCCAUCAUAACAUUUCAGACCUUUUAGCUCAAGGUGAAUAUAUAGUACUUUCACACUUGGUUUUUCUAGGGGAGUAGGAAAUUUGCUUUCCUAUCAGAAAAACUAGUAAAAGUCAAAGCUACUAAAAGGAGGCCGUGAUCAGGUCAGAUGCACAUGAACUGCAGGGACAUUAGUCAGACCUUCCUCACCUAGGAUCCACUUACAUGUACCUAGGACCAGCUGCUAAAAUCGGGAUUAUUCUCUUUGGAUCCAUCAGAUAGAUAGUGUUUAAAUACUUACCAGAAAUAUGAAUUACACUCCUUUUUAUCCUUUCUUUAAAAACCAGAUCAUUUAGUACAUAAUCCAGGAAUAAUUUAUUACAAGAGCAAUAUUAGCAUAAUUUCACUAAAAAAUUAAAGUUAUUCCAAAUUAAUAACUAAAUAUAAACAUUUUAAAAAAUAAUGUCUCUUAUAGCACAAGUUUUUUUAUACAAAACAUAAUAAUUUACUUCUUAAAAUGAUAGACUUCUUGUACACCAAGAAAAUAAGCAUUAACUUGGUUUUCUGACAUUGUAGGAAAAUAACAUUAUUUUCCUAGAAGAUGUUAUUUAUGUAUAAAAGCAGAUACA